UCUGUCUAGGAAGCUCCAUAGCUGUCUCUCAAGACAGCCUAGAGGUAAAAGCUGGGCAGGGUUCUGAGGUGUCCUGUCAUGUCCUACUGCUCCAGGACAAAAGAAUUCUUGAGCAAGGCAACGUUCAUCAGAUUAUAUCUCACUUAAGCUGUCCCAGCCUGGAAACGAUGGAUGCAGUUUCAGCGUUCUGAGGAGCAGCAGAAACAUUUCAGGGGCGAGAGUGGUGUGCAGCAGAAUCGGGCAUCCAGAGCCUGUGGACAGCCUCCCAUCAGCCUCAACCGGAUUGUGAAGGGACAAGACACAGUGCCGGGAGAGUUUCCAUGGCAGAUCAGCUUACAGCUGAACAAAAAGCAUGUGUGUGGAGGGUCUCUCAUCUCCGACGAGUGGGUGGUAACUGCAGCACACUGCUUUUAUCAGUUUAGGGAUCUGUCCCAGUACCGUGUCGUCCUGGGGGUCAACCAGCUCUCCAACCCUGGCCCACGGGCAUGUUGCUUGGAAGUGAAAAAGGUCAUCGUCAACCCAAUGUACGCCGGCCAGGCUUCCAGCGGGGAUAUUGCCCUUAUCCAGCUGUCAAAGAAAGUCCAGUAUUCAGACUUGAUCUUGCCCAUCUGCCUGCCAGAUGCCUCGUUGACGUUUUCCCCAGGCAAACUGUGCUGGGUCACUGGCUGGGGCAACUUGCGUUAUGCAGUGGUGUACGGUGUUGUCAUUUCAGUUGACCUUCCCUCCCCACAAACCCUCCAGAAGUUGCAGGUGCCCAUCAUCGACACCAAGACGUGCAGUGAACUCUACCGAACCAACAUGGGUCUCGGCCUGACCCCACGGGUUAUCAGGGAUGAUAUGAUCUGUGCUGGGUUUGCUGAGGGUCGGAGAGAUGCCUGCAAGGGCGAUUCUGGAGGUCCCAUGGUGUGUUUUGUUGGUCAUUCCUGGGUCUUGGCUGGCAUCGUCAGCUGGGGAGAAGGAUGUGCUAUCAAGAACCGUCCUGGUGUGUACAGUCGACUUACAUACUACCAAAACUGGAUCCACAGCCACAUUCCAUCUAUCAAAUUUGUCAAAGACCCAAAUGGCCGUGAAGCACGGGAUUGUCGACCGGAUUCCAAAACCUUAAAGGGUUCCAAAGUGUACUUAUCUGGCCGUGCUUUCUCCCUCGUUUCCAGCUUCUUGAUGUUACUGAUGUGUCUACUGAUUCUUAUAUAAUCAAGAGACAGAGAGCAAUUUCCUUUCCCCCCCUAACAUCCAUUUACAGAACAUUGUUAAAGACACUUUAACCUUCUGGUUACCUCUCUGACUGAAUUUGUCUAAAUGAAGAAUCAGUCAAACAACUUGGGUUUUAUUGUCUCUUUAAAAGAAAAAAAAAGUAUUUUUCUUUCUAUUUAUUGUUGGAAAUUUCUUUUUAGCAUACCUGCUAUCACCUUCAAAAGAAACAUUUCAAGAACUGAUUUGUAGCACAAACAAAUCUAUUAAAAUAAUUCAUGUUCGUCAACCCCAAAGGAUGACUUUAAAUUGGGUGGCAGUGGUGGGGGAGGUGAAGAUUUCUGCAAGUUAUGUUUCAUUCUUCGAUAUUAGAUGAAAAAUAAAAGCACUGUUGAACAGG